CUUUGUGUCAUAGUGCCUCGUAAUGCAAUGUUGGCUAGUUUGGAACAAAAGUUGUGAAGUUGGGCUAUUUUAGCUAAAUUCUCAAAAAUAAAAUAAAGACACGCUUCCGAGAGCUAGGAACAGUGAGAAGAAUGGCGAGCUCAACCGCAGGUAGAAGCAGCAGAGGGAAUACGGCAAAAGCCCUGGUGUCUGAUCAGAUCUCUCAGGCCAUACUGUCCACUUCCAACCUCCUCCACCUCAUGCAACAAUCCUCUCCUUCCCAGGCCCAACUGAUAAGGCUUCCAAAGAACCUUUUGGUCAAAACAUCUACAAUCAAGCAUACCGGACAAUUGUUGGAGCAGAUGCCUCGAGUAGUUUCAUCUCUGGAUGCACAUAUGGAAAGUGGGUUACAAAGUGUUCCUCAUCUGCAAACUGUAAUCCAAUUACUCGAAAACAUGGAAAGCUGCCAACUUAGUUCUCUCUCUCAAGCUAAAGUCCUUCCUGAGGAACAUGAGGUGGAAAAUCAACCUCCAAAGGUGGGCUAACUAUCCAAACUAUGUACCCAUUUUGUUGUAUAUUGGCGGAUGUAACAUAAUGGUUGUCAAAAUGAACCUUUGGAGUUCUUGUUGAGACUGGUCAGAGUAAAUUAUAUGUGAUCUCAAUGUACAUAAACACACUAAGGGAUAGUACCAGUAGACUCAGUAUGAAGUUGUUCUCUUUCUUUUUCUUAACAUAAAGUGGAAAGAAACCAUGCUGCUUGACCAACUUAAUGUGAUC